GGGGCGCGAACGAGUUCCUCGUUCCUCGCAGUAGUCGCAGUCGUGGCCCGCGGUCCGUCGUGUUCGCAUUUGUGUCCACGUCCGCGUCCGCGUUUCUUUUCCGGUUUCCGUCCAGCGAGCGACGGCGAUACUUCUCGGAGCCGAUCUUGAUUCGUUCGCCCGAUUCUUAUUUCACGCGCGACCGUGUCGUGUAUGUGAUACUGUCGAGUCAAGCUUGGUCGUCGAAUUCUUUGGACACCACACGAGAUGCGGUGGAGAUCCUAAACGAAAAAGGAACGUGUCGAGUGAGACUGAUGAACCGAAAAUAGGAAAAGUCGGACCUUGACGGUCGCUGGAGGUCAACGGCGGAAGAUACGACGCGUUGGACGUGACCGUCGCACGUCGCCCGGCGUAUAUCAGGAGGGAACUUGUCGGCACAGAAGCGACGCGAUCCUCGAGGCCGGAAGCACGUAUGAAACGCGCGGCGGGCGAUCGCGGAGUGAUAAACUGAUAACGGUCACGGGGAGCAGGGGAGCGAGCGUCCCCCGGGGCCGGCAUCACGUGGCCACCCCGAGUCACAUGGAUCAUCAUCGCCGUCGUCGUCGUCGUCGUCGCCGCGGAACAUGAACGACCGCGAGGAGCCGCGUGAUCCCUCUCGAUCCUGCUGCUUAUUUAUCGGCUCGUCCCGCCAAGAACGCGAGAUGUUGGCAUAACGACAACAUGGAGACGCUAUACACCGGCGCAAUUCACGGUUUUCCGCAGCCCAGCGGCGGAAUAGCUAAUGGCGUUUCCACGGGAAUCGCCUUCGACCAGGACGGCGUGCUGAGUCUUAUCGUCGUCCUCGGAGGAAGUCUGUCCCUAGUGGCCCUGGUGUUUGCGUUCAUCACCUACAGCCUUUUCUCCGACUUGAGAAGCUUAGCAGGUACGACCCUGAUGAAUCUUUUGGCAGCCCUUUUCAUGGUGCAAUUAUUAUUCAUCGUAGGAGCUGGAGGAGUACAGGAUUCGGAGCUCUGCGUUUCGCUUAGCCUGAGUCUGCAAUACCUCCGGGUGUCGGUUGUUUGCUGGUUGGCGGCGAUGUGCCAUCACCUGUACGCCACCGUGGCAUCGCUGCCGCGUCGCGACGACCCACCGACGUACAUGAAGUACAGUCUAUUUGCUUGGGGCGCACCGUUGAUUAGCCUUGCAUUGGCAACUCUCUUGCAGAAUCACGAAAGCCACGAUAUUUGGAACGUGGUUGACCUCACACCGUUCAACUGCUGGUUGCUAGGUGUCACGGCGACAGUUUACACGUAUGGUUUACCGAUAGUCUUGCUACUACUAAUUUCCGGUUACUACCUCAUCAAGGCUGCGAUCGUGUCAAGGUACACGUGCAGCAUGCAGCUCGAGAUAAAACAACGCGAGAAGAUGAAGAGGAGGCGGGCAUUGCAGCUGAUGCUCUUUCUGAAGGUCAGCCUGAUUGUCGGUGUGGUAGCCGGUUGCGGAGUGGCGUCCAGAGUCUGGAAAACUCCAUUCCUGUGGGCGGUUUUCUGCACGGGCCAUUCCCUCCAGGGAUCGGCAGUGGCACUGUCCGUCGCAUGUAACUGCAGGGUCCUGAAAGUCUACGCUAGAAAAUCGCACAAGCAACCGGAACAUCAGAUUGCAAAGUCGAGCAGUAGCAUGCAGCUGCUUGCACCUGCGCCGGAUCCGGUUUAGGUGAUCCCGAGUCGAUCCCUGGAACGGAACGGACAGAAACGAAGAGGAAAACCAACGAGUGGCGACGGCUGGUGUCUCUCUCUCUCUUUCUCUCUCUUUCUCUCUCUUUUUCUCUCUGCAAGCCAUAACUAUUUUUACAUUGAAAAUGUGCUGACAUUUUGCUCUUAACUUUGCCGUUUCUCUCUGUGAUCGGAAUUUUCGUCUGUGACGUGCGAUUUUAGUUUCAAUAGCUUCGACCAUCUCUUUUAGGACGACAUCUUUUUGUAGUCAGGUAGAAACGGGUAGAAACAUGUAAUUUGUGGAAAUUGAAAAGAAUACAAUAGAAAGAAGUAGAAAAUUAGUAGAAUUACAGUCUCAAUCGACCAUACGUUGAAUUGUUACUUUGAGUUACCAUUUUUGAUAAUAUGUGACAGUUAUUGUAAGUAAAUAUACUCUGCGGUACAGUCCAAUAUAAUUAUCGCUGGUUAUUAAAUAUUACUUGGAUCAUUAUUGUGCUCGGAAGGACUAAAAUUCAAGUCCUUUUGCGCGCACAAGUUGCACUAAUCCACUCGUUGACCAUAAUUAUUAUUAAUUGUGUUCUAUGUGUUUAAUAAUUAUAAAUUGCGUUUUAUGUGAGACUUGCAAACGAUUCUAAUUUUGACGAUUCAUUAUCGCGAUCCAUUAUUUAUUACGCCAUAUAAAUCUUGCGAAACUCUCGAAUAAUGAAUUAUAACCAUUAUACUUAACGCAAGUUUUAAAAAAGCAAAUUAAAAAGAACUCAAACUUCUAAGGGAGAAGAGCAAAUUAUAAACUUCAACUUUUCCAAGUUUUCAAAAUGAUGUAAAGAACUCGGAGAAUUAACUAUAGCUUACUAAAGCGGAUUGCCCGGACGUAAAGUUAUUAAUUAUUUCUGUGUAUGCUUAAUUAUUAAUCGGUAAGGAAACACGAAUCUAAAUGAAUAUGAAUGAUUAAUUCUUACGAAUUGAAAACUUGUCAAGUCUCUUGUAUCCUAAAUGCGUUGAAUUUAAGAAUUUAAGAAGAGAAAUUAAUUAAUUUCUUAUUUUGAUCUUACGCAUACUUAUAAGUUGCAACGACUAAUUUACGAGACUCAAAUCGCACGUCUUCGUAAUCUUAAUCGCAUUCUGCAACUCGAUUUCAUAUGAUGUUGUGCAACGUUAUAAUGCAAGAGACAGUUUGAUACGAGUUUCGAUAUGACGAAUGAUUUCAUGCUUUAGCAAGGAACACAAGCAGUGAGACAUGCAUGACAGACAAUGCGUUGUAAUCAUCCUUAAUGCGAUAUGCAUAUCGUAUUAAAUACGCUAACUGUAUAUAUAAUUCUGUGCGUGAUGAAUAAUCACCACCUUAAUUAUUUUCAGUGUAUAGUUUCAUUCCGAAAGCUUCGAUCCAGAAAUAUAAUUACAAUUAUAUAUGCAAUCAUAUUAUAUAAUCAUUAUUAUUCUGUAAUUUUAUUGGAGAUUUGAACAAAGGUCACUAAAUUCAGUAUUUGGUUGUAAUUUUUCACAUUAUAUUUUGAAGUAAAUAUGUGUUAUUUCAAUACACACAUAUGCAAAUAAA